AUUUAACACAACACGGUAAACAAGCAUUGCCGAUCCACGUGAAGAAACAGCCACUUUUUCAACAAGCUUUGUUUAUUUAGAGCGUAUAUUUCUUAUUUAAAUAAGUUUGCUAACAUGCCAUCUCUACAGCGAGUGCAAAAGCCAACCACUAGGAAAGGCAAAAAGAUUCUUUUGGCAAAGGAGCCAAAGGUUUUUGAAGAUGUCAAAAAGAAACUUUUCCUAACUGGCCGAAAAGCCAGUGAAGUGCUCAGAAAUUGCAGUAAAGAUCUAUACAAACUUAGCAAGCCACAUGCCGUGAUCUUAAGCAGAAAAAACGACAUCCUUCCAUUUGAAAACAUUGUGCCCGUGGAGAACCUAUGCAGGAACAAUGACGCUUCCCUUUUCUUCUUCUCAACGACAAACAAGAAGAGGCCGAAUUCACUCACCAUUGGGAGACUGUUUGACGGCAGACUGUUGGACAUGGUCGAGUUCUGCAUCAACGACUACAAGUCGUUCGACCAAUUCACCGCGAGCAUUCCAGCGGAAACAAAGCCGUGCCUGGUCUUCAGCGGCGAGCUGUGGGAACAGAGCCAGGAGCUGGCCAAGGUCAAGAGUCUGCUUGUCGACGUUUUCCGUGGCGAGGUGAUUGACGCCGUCCGUCUGCAAGGGCUCGAGCACGUCAUCAUGUUCACGGCCACCAAUGACAACAUUCUGAUGAGGAGUUACCAGAUCCAAUUGAAGAAGUCAUCGACAAAGUUGCCGAGGGUGGAGCUGGAGAAUCUGGGUCCGCAUAUUGACAUGGUGCUGAAGAGGACCAAGUUUGCCUCGGAGGAUUUGAUGAAGCGAGCUUGCAGGACCCCUCAAGAGGCGAAAUCCAAGCCGAAGAAGAACGUAUCCAAGGACGCCCUGGGCACGACGCACGGACGCAUCCACAUGGGCAAACAGAAGGUUGGAACCAUUCAAACCAGGAAGAUGAAGGGUCUCAAAAAGACUGCUGCAGAAAAGCGUGUUGCGAGGAAGAGCAAGAAAGCGAAUUAAAUUCUCUGUGCGUUUUGUCA